AUGACACAGGUCCCGACAGAGACUCUUACUGUGGCCUUGCUCAGGUCUGUUGUCUCCAUAUGUGAUCGAUGUGCAGAGGCAGGUCACAAACACUUGCUUCGAGCUUUUGUUCGGCACCAUUUUGUUACAGUGGAAUCUGGAGAAGGCGCUACUCACAGUAUUGUCUGUCGUUUUCUUCUAUUGUUGACUGUUUCUUUGCAAGACACUGUGAGUGAACUAGCCGCUCUUUAUCGCCAGCUGUGGUUCUUUCUUGAUUGCCCAAGGAAGGACCGCUUGUCACCUGAAGUGCUGGAACAGAUUGGCAAUCUUAUCACUGCGAUUGUGCCACAGUUGAUCUCAAAACAUCGUGAACUGCCCAAAGAAUGUCGCUCUGGAAUUUCUUGCAUCGCCUUUUUUCUAAGGUGUUGUCUGAGUUUUGUUGAUCGUGGUGCUGUAUUCAAAUGGAUCAACUUUGUCCUACAACGUCUGGAUGAGUGUGAUUCGAAGGUGAUAAGAGAUUUCAAGCUAGACGUGCUUACAAUAAUAUCUCAACACGAACACUGGCUGCCGCUGUGUCUUCCUGUUGUCAUCGAUUCACAAAAUCAAAUUCACCGAGUAAUCAACCAACCAUUUUCUUCUGAUUAUGGUGUUAGCUCAGGUGCUGGCUCUCGAUUUUUGCCACGAUUCCUCAACCAGGUUUUCCAACCAACUGUAACAUCGAUCGAUAAGCAUCGCUAUGCCACUUGUUCCGAAGAGUGGUUUUUGAAUCCGACGUACAUUUCCCAUCAUUUUCCGUCAGGGAUCAUUUUUCAGGAGUUGUACGCGUGCAUGCGGGAACCACGAGAAUAUCGGCGUCGAGCCAUAGUGUUACUAAGAAAUCUACUCGCUAAGCAUUCAUUCGAUAAAAGAUAUUUAGACAUGAAUAUUCAACGUAGAAUCGCAGUGCUAUAUUUGCCUUUUAUUCGUUUUGCUAUGGAACACACUAGUGAAUUGGAAGACACUGUGGUGAAUGAUUUUGCUGAAGCGACGACGUUUUGCAGCAGUGCUUCUGUGUCUGAUGCUCAGCCAGGACGUUCGUUCGGAACGUGUUCGACCUCGUUUGCCCAACAAACGACUUCGCCAAACUUUGCUCUUUCCGAGAGACUGGACCAGGAAGAAGUGCAGGACAUUCUUGUCAGCGUCCUGUACGUGAUCCAUCGGCUACCAAAGCGGAUAUUGGGCGCUUUAUGUGUUGAAAUGAAGCAGGCUUGUGUACUACAACUGUUACGGCUACUUGAAAUAACACUGAAUGUGUUUCGGUAUCGAGGACGUCCGGAUGCGAGGCACAACGCUGAAAAAGCCAUGCCUGGUCCUUUGCUGGCUAAGCGCGCAUUUGCUCGAAGCUCUCAGGACUAUCUCGCAACGCCUGAUUCAGGUCGAGCUGACGGCAGUAGCAGGAAUUCGAUAUCUAUGCCGUAUCGUGCUUUGCAAGUUCUGAAUCUAUCCCAAGAAGUGGCUUUGAUUGUCCUUGAAGUAUCACAAAGUCUGUCACAGGAGCUUGUA